GCUAACUAUUUAACCUCUGCUAGGUGAGAUAGCACAGCUACUACGGCACCAACCAGGAAGUGAGUGUCACUGCUGUGUGUAAUCAUGUCGAUUAUCGGUCACAUUUUACUUCAAAACAUUAGACGUUAAUACGCAACAGUAAAUGUGCGCUACGUAAUUGAGUGUUGAAACAUUUACAGUACACUCUGCAUGCGUGCUGUUACUCCCAAUGUAGUUGUAUUGGGUGGGGUAAUGGUUUUCCAUCCUGACUUCACUCAGUCCUCGCAACAUGCGUUCAAUUUCCACUCGGUCUCCCUGUGAUUGACUGACGACCAGUCAGGCUGUGCUAAAAGCACAAGGGAGGCUCAUCCAACCAUACCCACCAUGGAGCCUGUGAUACACCGAGUUCGGCACAAAGUCUUCUGGAGCCUCAGUAGAAUAAGACUACUUCCCUGCAGGAACCACUCUGGUUGCGCCGAGACUGCUGCUGCUCCUACCUCCCAUCAUACCAGGCAAAGGAAACCCCCACUCCUGGUCUCUCGUCUGUAUCAGCCGUCAAACCUGCGUGACAUGGGCCCUGAGAACCGAAUGCAAGGAGAAGUUACCUGUAAGAGUCAGAGGCUCAUGCAACAGGCUGGCCUCAUUUAUCCUUCCAAUCCUGGAUGCUACUACUACCUUCCUGCCACUGUGCGCUCCAUGGAGAAACUGGUGAAAGUGAUCGACCAGGAGAUGCAGCAAAUCGGUGGGCAGAAGCUGGACAUGCCCAGUUUGUGUUCCGCUGAUCUCUGGAGAACCAGUAAGCGUUGGGACUUGAUGGGAAAGGAGCUGUUCCGUCUGAAAGAUCGCCAUGGUGCCGACUACUGUUUGGGACCCACGCACGAGGAGGCCGUCACCACUCUGGUGGCUCACCAGACCACCCUGUCUUACAGACAGCUGCCUCUACUGCUGUACCAGAUUACCCGCAAAUUCCGAGAUGAGCCGAAGCCAAGGUUUGGUCUCCUUCGAGGAAGGGAGUUCCACAUGAAGGACAUGUACUCUUUUGAUAUCAGUGAGGAAGCGGCUUAUGAGACCUAUGAAUCUGUGUGUCAUGCAUACACUAGGGUCUUCGCACGACUGGGCCUACGUUGCGUGCAAGUUCAAGCCGACACAGGGAACAUAGGUGGAAAACUCUCGCAUGAGUUCCAGCUGCCUGCAGACAUUGGUGAAGACAGGCUUCUGGUCUGCGGGAGCUGCUCCUUCUCUGCCAAUGUAGAGACAAUAGCAUCUGACAGAACUGACUGCCCACAGUGCAAAACUGGUACCCUUACUGAGUCCAAGGGCAUUGAGGUCGGACACACUUUUUACCUGGGCAAAAAGUAUUCCGACAUGUUUAACGCCAGGUUCAGCAAUGCCCAAAACAAGCCAAGUAUUGCAGAAAUGGGUUGCUAUGGCCUCGGGGUGACGCGUAUUCUUGCUGCAACCAUCGAGGUGUUGUCAACAGAUGAAAGUAUCCGCUGGCCAGGUCUUCUGGCCCCUUACCAGGUUUGUGUUUUACCCCCCAAGAAGGGCAGCAAGGAGGUUGAGGCAACUGGUGUGGCUGAAGAGCUCGUUCACACAUUAGGCCAAACAUUGCCUCAUUUGAAAGGUGAGGUUGUUCUUGAUGACCGCACGCAGAUGACCAUCGGCAAGAGGCUGAAGGACGCCAGCCGGCUGGGUUACCCAUAUGUCGUUGUGGUUGGACAGGGGGCGCUAGAGGACACACCCAGGUUCGAGGUCAUCUGUCAGCAGACUGAUGAGACAAUGUUUUUAAGUAAGGAUGAGCUCUUCUGUCUUUUGGGAAAAGUGGAAAUUGCAUAAUUGAACUUGGGAUUGAAUUGUCUAUAAUGUUAAUUUAUUGAAGUGCGUAAAACUGACGGGAGGACUGUACUUUUAUGACUGAAGGGAAAUCAUGUAGAAAUGUCGACCAUGAGUCAUGAAAAUGUAUCUUUCUCGCUGAAAAAAUAACAAUAUGGCUCACAAUAUGCUGGAUUGCCAAUAUACCCAAGUAAGAAAACGUGUUGCCUUUACUUUCCAUUGAAUAAAAUGGAUUGGUUUUGUUCUCUUACCUUUUUAAAAAAAAAAAAAAAAAAAAUACUAUAUGAAUGAGAUGGGAGAAGGAAUGAAAGCUCUAUUUUUUUUACCCAUAUGUAUGAAAAAAAUUAAAUCAAUGAACUGCUACAUUUUAUUUCUGCGUGUAACAAAAACAUUUUGAACUGAAAAAAAUAUGCUUGGUUGAAGCUACUCUCAAAUAAAAUGGUCAAUGUA